UGUCCUCUACUCCCUCCCCAAUGUGUCCUCCUAUGUCCUCUGCUCCCUCCCCCAAUGUGUCCCUCCUGUGUCCUCUACUCCCUCCCCCAAUGUGUCCCCCAAUGUGUCCUCUGCUCCCUCCCCAAUGUGUCCUCCUAUGUCCUCUGCUCCCUCCCCAAUGUGUCCCCCAAUGUGUCCUCUGCUCCCUCCCCCAAUGUGUCCUCCUAUGUCCUCUGCUCCUCUCCCAAUGUGUCCUCCUCAUGUCCUCUGCCCUCCUCCCAAUGUGUCCUCCUAUGUCCUCUACUCCUCCCCCAAUGUGUCCUCUGCUCCCUCCCCCAAUGUGUCCUCCUGUGUCCUCUGCUCCCUCCCCCAAUGUGUCCUCCUGUGUCCUCUGCUCACCUCCCCCAAUGUGUCAUCUGCUCCCAUCCCG